AUGGAAAGGAUUAGAGGGAUGGGUAAAAAAUUGGAUCUGGAUCUUCGACUUUAUGAACUUCAUUCUCUAUUGAAGGAGAUUGACAACGCCUCCAGGAAUUCGUCGUCAAACCCUUCUGGUUCUGAUGAUGAUAUUGGCAACUUGGGGGUGGAAUUGAGGUUCCUGAAAACAUUUAUUGUGUUAUUAUCAAAGAACCAAAAUAAUGGUUAUCCCGAGGCCAAGAUGAUGGCGUCCCAGGUUUCUGCUGGAUUCAAAGAGUCGAAAUGGGAUUUCAGAAAUGCUAAUUCCAUGAAUCUGGAUCCUGCGAUUUCCAGGUUGCGAGAGAAGUUCACGAUUUGGAGGCCACAGGUCAAAGCAGCUUAUGAUUUUUAUGAAUCCCGCUUGGAUUUUCAACAUGAUGAUGUUACCUGGAUAUAUUUUGCAAAUUCACUGGAACAGAAUAUGCAGGAUCUCCUUUCCUGGAAUAAUGGCAGAAUUCCUUCAGUCGUCGUCCCCAAACUCGAAGCCCUGAAAGAGAUGCUUGGGAGCCUCAGGUGUUUCGUUCAGGUUGUUCUACGUCUGAGUCUCCAACAAGGCAAAUUUAGAAACCAUUUGACUGUUUUUGGAGCUGGACUUGUCCGAGCAGCACGUGUUUGUUAUAUUUCCUGGGUGGAUAUUAACCAUUUAGAUGAAAGAAUGGCUGUUCUGCUUAGUGAUCUGAUCAUGAACAACUUCAAGCCCAGAACCCCUGUAGUCAUUGAGGGGUGUCUGGAAGCACUUAUGGUGUUCACCUCUAAAGCCGAAGCAUUGUUACACAAUUGUCUCGUUCCACGUGAAUUGUGGUCCCAUGUUGCAAGUGCAAGUGUGAGCGGUUUAUUGGUACAGCUCUUGGGUGCCAUGACGAUGUUUGCACCAAAGGUGCUAUCCCAAGAGUACACAUAUUUUAGUAUGGCAUUCGUCUGCUUUUGUCGAUUUCUCUGUCCAGAGAAGUAUCAAGUUGAAACUCUUCACCAUGGGCUAACACACCUUUUACUGUUCGUCUGGCAUUUGUAUUUUGGCAACAAAAGCGAUGCAAUCAGGCUGCUUUUGGUUGACAUUGUAGCGGCAUUUGAUGAGCUAGGAUCUCAUUUGUGUAAUGGACACGCGACGACCAGUGGAGAGAUUGAUCCUUCACUCAAUAAGUUGCUUCAAAAGAUAAUGCUUCUGGUGGUUGAGGUGAUCCUCGAAACCUUCAAUCCCCUUAACAGUGUCUCCAUAUCCAUGGAACAAUCUCAAUUUGAUUCUAUUGAAGAUGGACUACUCUGUUUGUGCAAAUUUUUGGGAGAUGAGAUUCCUCCAUCGUGGACAUUUAUUCUUCAUCUUGUUUCAACUGCUAGAUCAGUCUCCGACAGGGAAGGCAAAUCUUGCACCAUUUAUGAAGGGCAUCCCAGUGUUGUUAGUGCGCAGCUGUUUAGUGAGCAUAUUCUCACUGUUAGAAUUCUUAAGAUGGAGAUAAUGUUAAAAGAGUUUCUUGACAGAUUUCAAAAUCGUCUACUGCCUGAUGUCAAGAAACAAAUAGAAAGGCUUCAUGAGGAGCUAAUGAUUGUCACAUUUUUUCUGGCAGCAAAUCGAGGAUCAAAGGAAACACUUGAGGAAGCCGUUCUAAUACAUGUAUUUUCAACUUUGAACUCUUUUCUUUCAAACAAAAUAAGUGCGGACUCAUUGAGGUCUUUCAGCUUAUCGCUUCGUGAGUUGUUAGAAAGGGUUGAGCUUAUCAGCACAGAGAUCAAAGGGAGAUAUCUAAAUGAUCGAAACUCUUUGCCACUCUAUUCCUCCACAACUCCAGAAUUGGGAUCCCUGGAUUUCCUUAAGUCCUUGAGAUCAUUCCUUAAGGAUUUGGAAGACAAGCUCUAUGACUGCGAGCAUGCAGAUUUGAGAACUCUUAUUUCAGACAUUGUAGGAGUGGCAUCGCAGGUGGAAUAUAUUAGUGAUUCAUUGUUAAGGAAAGAUGAUGUUCCAUGGUACUAUUUCCUAUGGCUUUCUGAUCUCAUAGAAGACAUGAAACUUAUUAAGGUUCAGAUCUCCAAAUUCUCUGAGAAGGAGCGUAACGUCAGCAUUAAUAAUGUUCUCCAGGCCUCAACCCCAACGAAUAUUUCCCAAAUUGAUGAAGUCGUGGUUGACCUUGUUGAUGAACACAAAUGGGUGAUUGAUAGGCUCACGAGAGGAUCAUCUUUGCAGCUAGAUGUCACUUCCAUUGUUGGGAUGGGGGGAAUAGGUAAAACAACUCUUGCCAGGAAGGUAUAUAACGAUCCUGCAGUCACCUAUCACUUCCAUCAACGUGCAUGGUGUUGUGUUACCCAAUUUUAUCAAAAAAGAAAACUAUUGCUUGAAAUUUUGGGUGGGAUGAUGGAACUUACUACCAAAAUACUAGAAAUGAAUUAUCAUGAGUUUGCGGAGAUGCUAUACAGAUGCCUGAAGGGAAAAAGAUAUUUAAUAGUUCUUGAUGACAUAUGGAGCAUUGAGGCUUGGAAUGACUUGCAAAAAUCAUUCCGAGAUGACAAAAGGGGAAGCAGAAUUUUGAUAACCAGUCGUCUGCAUGAUGUGGCUGCUGAGAUUAAAGCAUUUAUGGAGGACAAAGAAAUUACGGUUUGCAAGUUGAUACGGCUAUGGACAGCUGAAGGUUUUAUCCAACACACAGGGGCACAGAGCAUUGAGGGUGUUGCAGAGGAAUACUUAUCUGAUUUAAUAGGUAGAAACUUAGUUAUGGCUUCCAAAAGAAAAUCGAACGGAAGAGUCAAAACUUGCCGUGUCCAUGACAUGGUAACAUCUCGCGAUGAAGCUUUUUCUUCAUAUCCUGAGAAUUUAUUCUUACUUCCUUGCAACUAUAGCCAUCCUGAAGAUCCUGUGACAUGUCAAAAACGGCGAGUGUCCUUUCAUACCAAGAGAAAACAUUUUGUCAUGUCAAGACCAGUAGGGCCACAUGUUCAUUCUCUACUGUGCUUUGCCACGAGUGAUUUGCGUCCAACGAGCCCCUACGAGAUCUCCUUCAUUCCUGAAAGUUUUAAACGUCUUAGAGUGCUGGAUUUAGAAUGCAUCAACAUGGGUCAGAGUUUCCUCAUUGGAAUAGGAGUUUGGGUUUGUUUGAGGUAUUUAGCACUUUCUGGUGAUGUUGACCGUAUUCCGGACUCACUAGCCAACCUCAGGAAUUUGCAAACUUUUGUAUUUGUUGGAUUAAAAGGUAUAUUAGAACUGCCAGCUACCCUUUGGAGCAUGGAAAAGUUGCAACAUCUACAUGUUAAGCCAGGUGCACAAAUGAAACGUUCUGCCCAGUUACUUAAUUUGGUCAGUCUUUCGUCUCUUUUCCUAUCUAGUGGUCAAGAGGCGGAAAACAUUUUGGGAAGGUUACCCAAACUUCAAAGGCUCACAUUCAUUAUUCCAGAUUUUGGAGGUGUAGAUGGUGGGAACUGGGAUCAGUUUCCAGAGCUGGAAUUUCUGAAUGAUCUGGAGUCACUCAAGGUACUCUAUUCUGGCAGGAAGUUUUGUCCUCGUAAAUUUGAUUUCCCAUUAACUCUUAGAAAAUUGACCCUGUCAGAAUUUCACCUACAAUGGGAUUGUGUUUCUGAAAUUGGGAAGCUACCCAACAUUGAGGUUUUAAAAUUACAUGCUAUAGAUUUUGAUGAGAAAAUAUGGGACAUGGAAGAUGUGGAGUUCUCGAAACUGACAUUUCUGAAACUUGACACUCUAAACAUUGUUCAAUGGAAUGCAUGUGCUGACAAUCUUCCCAGGCUUCGAUGCCUUGUUGUGCAAAAUUGUAGACAGCUUGAGGAGGUCCCUUCAGGUCUCGGAUACAUUCCAACUUUAGAGGUGAUCGAGGUACAAAUGUGUCAAGCCUCUGUUGAAGAGUCAGUUAAAAAACUGAAGCAGGAACAGCAGGAAUGGGGAAAUGAAGAGCUGGAGAUUAUAAUCAAUCAUUCGCAUUGUGAUUCUGAUUGCGUCAAUGAUCUCCCAUGA